CAUUCAACUGCACUGCCUUAAUACACUGCUUUAUCUUCUGUGGUGGGUUUCAAUUGAGUUCUUUUACACUGGAUGGUCUUUUUCUGUUUAUGAUGCCUGGUAUGUGAGGUUUGCACCCUGUUGAGACCAUUGUUGUUAACUGGCUAUGACUUUAUGAAAUGCGACAACACUCCCUGCCAAAUAGUUACAUUUCACGAUUACACUUUGGCAAUCCGUCGUGGGCCAGUACAAAAAACGGCGCAUAGAGGCUAUUAGCUAUAAAAGUUAAUAUACCAACAAAAGAAUCAACACAAGCUCGCGCUUCACAGCACCAUCGCCACCGGUAUUCAAUCAACGCGCAUCACGACGCGCCGACACCAUGCCUCUAAAACGGACGGCGGCGGCGCCGCGAUACAAACCCCGCGAGAACAUGUAUUUUGAGCCAGGUGUUCGUGGGAGGCAUGUUCAAUCUAUCGGCCUUCAAAAUAAAUGUACUGAUUUUUACAGGAAAACCGGAUUGACCGUCCCGGAUAGUGGCAUUCGCGACGAGUAUGGAAUCGAACCAAUGGACGAGUUGUUUUCGUCGCCCGCGAAACUACAACCCAUAUCUAGCUCGACCAGGAAGUCUGCGAUGAAGAAAAACGCAAACACGACCUUGACGAGCGAGGAGGAUAUGGAUGUUGGGCAAAGCACAAUUCCAGAGCCAAGCGCCGUACUUACCGAAAGGAAGAGAGUUAGCAUGCGCAUGCCGCCUCCGCGGUCAAAAUCUCCGGUGAAAACAUUCCUGAAGUCGCCGGCAAGGCGACACCCUUCCUUGGGCCCGGUAUCGUCACCAACACGCGGCUCAGCCGUAUCGCCAUCUCGAGUACGGGCUCAACCUCAGGUUGCGCGCCGGCUUGACUUCUCAACGGAUGAUUUGGAUGGAAAUGCGCCACAAAGGCUUCCCCAUGUUUUGCCGAAAAGGACUUCACAACGAAACCUAGUAUCGUCUAGCCCGGCCAAACGACCCAGCGGCGUCAGUUCUGCAACAAGGUCACUGAAGCCCGCUUUUCAGUCCCAAGAAGAGUCGGAAGAGGUGCAGGGGAGCCGCCUAUUUGACCUCAGUUCGUCGCGUGAUGUCGAAGACGAUUAUGAGCCCAUAUAUGACGACCAGGCCCUGGGCUCUCCAGAACCAGAGAGAGCUGCGACACCGCCAGAGCCUACACCUCCACCCCCCAAGAAGAGAGGACGCCCGCCGAAACACAACAAGCCUAAGCCAUCUAAGAAUGCGGGUGUUGACGAAGACCAAGACGAGCGGCCUGCAAAGAAGCAGCGUGGUCCUACAAAGCUAGCAACUCAAAAGGCGCACCCUAAACCAAAACCAGAGCAAGCAACUAGAUUACAAAAACAGCCAGCGGCCGAUUCUUCGCCAGCGCAAAUACAACGGGGCCCACCAAGACCUAGACAGAACGGGCUCUUUAUCCUUCGACGAGAAACACCUGAACUUGGGAAUUUUGCGACAACUCGAUCUGGCAGGGCUUCCAUCAAGCCAGUUGCUUACUGGAAGAAUGAGACGAUCGUGUAUGGCGAAGAUGAUACCGCAGACACCGAUGCAAGCUUCCUUCUCCCGACAAUUAAGGAGGUCAUCCGUCAUGAUGAUGUAGAAAAGGAGAAAUCGAAGAGGGGCAAAAAGAGGGGACCGAAGGCCCACAAGAGAGCAGAAGACGAAGAGGAGGAUGCCUCUGAACCGUGGGAAUCUGAACCGGGGCGCAUAUAUGGCGCUAUUAGGGCCUGGAACCCCGACGAUCCAACUGGCGCGGAGUCUGCUGAUAUCGAGGACGAAAUUGCUUUCUCUAACGCUGCUAUUAUAACCAGGGAAAUCUCUGGUUCUACUGUCAAGUUUGCCAAGAUCCUCACAUUGCCCUUCUUUGGAUGCGGCAUGGUUGAUUUGCCGCCUGGCGCUGUUAAGAAACCGAAGAACGCCAGAAAGAUGCAGAUGAUAUUCUUUGUACAUAAGGGGAAAGUAGUCGUCACAGUAGGCGAUAAUGACCCAUUUCGAAUUGGGACAGGAGGGAUGUGGCAGGUCCCGAGAGGGAAUUUAUAUAGUAUUGGAAAUGACUCAGACAAGACGGCACGCGUCUUCUUCGCCCAAGGGUGCGAGGUGGAAGAAGUGGAGUAGAGCAGCGAUGCAACGAAAUCAGGAGUCAAUGUUUGCGUCUUUCUAAUAUGUGGGUCUGUUACGGCUGGCUCAAAGCGAGGAGUUGUGGAUGGGAAUGGGAACGUGGCAUUAAUACCAAAUUUGGCCACACUUACUUAUGGCGGCAUAUUAACGUGGUCGGACACCGAGUCGACCGCGACACCGAGUCGAUCACUUUUCUAUACCCUUACCACCUCGAAAUAUAAUAUUCAUUAAAACUACUCACUAUAAAUUGGAAGCAUUUAUCGUUUGGGUUUAGCUCAAAUCCUGAGCUCAAUACUGAAAAAACCCUUCAAGCCUCAGUUACCCCUAUUCAGGUCCAAGACUCAAACUUGUUCCAGAUCAAAGAUUUUGACCAAACUAUGGACGAUAUAUCAUCUCUGAUAUGGGUUAAACCUUUCCAACCUGUCCUGGAGAUAGCAGCUACUUCGGAUUUGGAGAAAUCAUCUCAGGAGGUCAUUUUGCCUUUAGCAUACCAAGACUACCAACAUCUUUUUGACAAGGCAAAGGCAUCAAUUCUGCCAAAGCACCAGCCUUAUGACCAUGAGAUACCACUCGCAGAAGGCUCAAUGCCUCCCUACGGCCCUAUCUACUCUCUAUCUGAAUUAGAGCUGAAAACUCUCAGAGAAUACUGUAAUGGUGGGUGCACCAGAUGUGAGAAUCUAG